AUUACAAUCAAGAGCCACUCUUUACUUGGUCUGUCAAUAACAUCUAACAUAAAUCCACCUUUUCCCUCAUAAACUCCAUGCAAUACAAAGCUAGCAAAAAUGAAGUUGGAAAGCCUCUCUCCGUUUUUCUUCCCUUUCGUUGCUCUUUGCUUCACGAUGGCCACUGCUGCCACUUUUACCAUUCGAAACAACUGCUCCUACACGGUCUGGGCAGCAGCCGUGGCCGCCUCCGCUGGUGGUGGUGGCAAGAGGCUAGAGAGCGGUGCAACUUGGAAUCUAAAUGUGAAGCCCGGCACUAGAGGAUCCCGUAUCUGGGCUCGAACCAAUUGCCAAUUCGAUGAAGCCGGACGAGGCAGAUGCAAAACCGGUGAUUGUGGGGGGCGACUUAAGUGCAAAGCCUAUGGUAAACCCCCAAACACCUUGGCUGAAUUCGCACUAAACCAGUACAAAAACUUGGAUUUCUUCCAUAUCUCUCUGGUUGAUGGAUUUAAUGUUCCUAUGGAGUUUAGCCCAACAUCUGGGUUGUGCAAGAAGGGCAUUCAAUGCACAGCUGAUAUAGUAAGGCAGUGCCCUAAGGAAUUGAAAGCCCCAGGUGGGUGCAAUAAUCCUUGCACCGUUUUCAAGACUCAACAAUAUUGUUGCUAUUACGGGAAGUGUGACCCAACGGAUUUUUCCAAGUUCUUCAAGGCAAGAUGCCCCAAUGCUUAUACUUAUCCACGAGAUGAUCCUUCAAGCACGGUCACUUGCCCUGGUGGAACCAAUUACAAGGUUGUGUUCUGCCCCAUUGGCUCUCCUCAUCUAGAGAUGGUUGCAAGCAUGAGCCAAGAAGAGUAAAGGGAUGAUCUCUUGGAAUAGUUGAUCUGCGCCCGGGAAUAAAAAUAAAAAGUUAUUUUU